UACAUAUUUAAAUUCUAUUCGUAUGGUUCGAUGAGUGAAGUUGAUCAUAUUUUUCUUGAAGUUGAAGUUGGAAAUGAACUUUUGUGUCCUGUGAAAACAAAUUUGUCUUUGGAAAUUUCGAAAAUGUCUUGCUGGGAAACAUUCAUCCUACCAACGAAGAUAGCACUGUCCACCGUUGAAAAACUUGAGUACUGCCAAGAGGACGACCUUCAAAAAUUGGUGGUGAUAGAAAACCUAAUGAAACAAAAUGAGAGUGUCCAGAGACGUGUAGAAGACAUCAGAUAUUAUGCCAGUACUGAAUCGAAAAACAUCAUCGAUUCAAACGAAAAAUUGGCGAUUCUAACAAAAAAAUUGAAUAAUGCCCGAAUUAUAAAGCAAAUUUUGGAAAAUACCGCCCGGGGGACCAAAAGUAAAAAAUCAUCGGACAUGGAAAUCGCGAAGUUAUGUGGAAUCAACAGAAUGAAAAGGAAUAACAGAUAUUGCAAAUUCAAACAACCUCUAUCACCCCUUGCCGUUCACGCAAAUACACAUUUGCACCGCGGAAUCAAGAGAAAAAGUAAUGAAUAG